GCCCACUCGGAAAGAAGGGAUACAGCGCAGGCCGCAGAGUAGAAAACUUAGAACGCAAAAGCCAAGAAACCCAUCCACACCUAUACGCGAAGUUUCUUAAUCUAUAUUCAAGAACCAGAAAAAUUCCAUUUCUAAUUGUUUUGCAAGUGAUCUUGUUCAGUUCUUCAAUAUACUGCUACAGUAGCAUUUAGGAUCUUUCUUCCCACAUAAACAACUAUGUCGUCGCAAUCAGAAUCUACUACAACAACGACCACUACAAAUUCUUCUCCUAACCUAAAACCUGGUUCAGAUGAGAAUUCUUCGUCGAAUGGUAUCGCUACUCUCGUCGAAGACCCACCUCGACCACCUUCCGAGAUCCCUCUCUCAUGGCCUACAGAGGGGAAGCUAACUAUAGAUUGGGUUCAGAAUCUCAGCUCCACUUUUGAGUGGUCAUCUAAGAACGUUGCCCCUUCAGAUUUUCCCUCUGUCUUACCCGUCUCUGUUUUCGAUUCUUUAAUUCUUUUGGCGUCGAAGAUCCUACAAAAGGAACCCAAUUGCGUCAAAAUUGAUGGGUGCGCGGAAGAUUCUAGUGUCGUUGUCGUCGGUGACCUUCAUGGGCAGUUACAUGACGUGAUUUUCCUUCUGCGGGAUGCUGGGUUUCCAUCUGACAAUCGUUUCUUUGUGUUUAAUGGUGAUUACGUUGAUAGAGGAGCUUGGGGUCUUGAGACAUUCCUUCUCUUAUUGGCUUGGAAGGUCUUGUUGCCAGAUAGAGCGUUUCUCCUACGUGGGAAUCAUGAAUCCAAAUAUUGCACCUCUGUGUAUGGUUUUGAGCAAGAGGUGAUGAAAAAAUAUGGAGACCAAGGGAAACAUGUCUAUCGAAGAUGUUUAGGAUGCUUUAAGGGGCUCCCAUUGGCCUCUCUUAUAGCUGGCCGUAUUUUUACCAGUCAUGGAGGGCUUUUCCGCAGCAUGGCAGCUACCCCAUCAAAGAGAACCAGGGGAAAGAAAGGUCGUGGAGUAGUUUUAAAGCCAGAUGCGAAUUCUCUCACACUUGGUUCAUUGAAGGAAUUAUCCACAGCAAAGAGAUCAGUUCUCGAUCCUCCAUGGGAAGGUUUGAAUUUGAUCCCUGGUGACGUACUGUGGUCAGAUCCUUCAAUGAGCCCUGGUCUUUCUCCAAAUAAAGAGAGAGGCAUUGGUCUUCUAUGGGGUCCUGACUGCACUGAAGAGUUCCUAAAGAAGCACCACUUAAAGUUGAUUAUAAGAUCACAUGAAGGGCCUGAUGCAAGGGAAAAACGACCUGGUAUUUCAGGAAUGCAGGAAGGAUACACAAUCGAUCAUGUGGUGGAGUCAGGAAUGCUAAUUACCCUUUUCAGUGCUCCUGAUUACCCCCAGUUUCAGGCAACGGAGGAGAGGUAUAACAAUAAGGGGGCAUAUAUUGUGUUAGAACCCCCUGAAUUUGAUAAGCCAGUUUUCCGUACUUUUGUAGCCACAAUGCCGAGGCCAAAGGUGAAUGCUUACUAUAAUUAUGAAGAUGUUAUUGAUUCAGAUGAAGAGCUGGAUUUUGCAUCCAUGUGAAUGUGUCCAUUAACAUGUUUAUCGAUUUUUUUUUCCAUGUAUAAUCUCUUCUGUUGUAGGUUAUAUAUUUAUAUCUUGGAAUCCUUUGAAGCUCUGUAAUUUUUUAUGCAGAAAGAAAUUUCUUGUCCCUGCCUUUUGUAAAUGUUCUUCGGAUGUAGUGGAAGAGGUUGACUCAGUUCUUAACA